AUGAAAAGCUCAAAGGGGCUUACUCUUUUGUCUUCAUCACCGAGGACAAGCUUGUCACCGUUCGCAACCCUUUUGGCGAUUUAUGAGAGGGAGGUGGUUGUGCCGCCUGAGAUUUUCUACGACGACGUCGAAGCUCGCAAGUACACCUCUUUUUCUCAUAUUGUUCAAAUUCAGGUUUCACUAUCAAAGAGAGCUCUCGAACUACUUGCUUUGCCUGAUGACCACGUUCCUAAAUUACUCCUUGAUAUCAGUUGUGGAUCGAGACUUAGUGGAAAGACACUCUCCGAGAAUGGACACCAUUGGAUUGAGAUUGGCAUUUCAGCAUCAAUGCUUAAUGUUGCGAUGGAGCGAGAGGUUGAGGUUGACCUUUUACUUGGUGACAUGGGUCGAGGUCUAGGAAUUCGUCCUCGAGUUAUUGAUGGGGCCAUCAGUAUAUCUGCUGUUCAAUGGUUAUGCAAUGCUGAUAAUUCCUCUCACAACCCUCGAUUAAGAUUGAAGGCCUUUUUUACGUCUUUAUACAAAUGCUUAUCUAAUGGAGCUAGAGCAGUAUUUCAAGUGUAUCCUGAAAAUAUAGACCAAUGUGAAUUGAUUUUAAAUGCUUCAAUGCAUGUUGGAUUUGUUGGUAGUAUAGUGGUGGAUUUUCCACAUAGUUCUAAGAGGAGGAAGGAGUUCCUUGUUCUCACUUGUGGCCAACACUCAAUAAAUGUGUCCAUUUCUAAAGGUAAAAAUGAAGAUGGGGACAGUUACUCUGACAAGGAUAAUGAAGAUGAAGAAAAUCAGACAAUUACUACCGAUAUUCCAGAUUUUGGAAAUGCAGGAUAUGGACAAGUUAUGUAA